CACAUGUUAUUCAAAUCUUUAUUUGACACAGAACAAAACGAUACUGUAUUCUGUGUUCGUUCCAUGGUAUAGGCAUUCUGUUUUCGUUCCAUGGUAUAGGCAUUCUGUGUUCGUUCCAUGGUAUAAGCAUUCUGUGUUCGUUCCAUGGUAUAGGCAUUCUGUGUUCGUUCCAUGGUAUAGGCAUACCCUACAAACUUCUUAUGUUUCCGAACUUCAAAGUUUCUUAUUAAAUUGUAGUUUUGUUGUUACUAGUUUCUUGCAUAAAUCUUGAAACUUCAAGUGGAAAUGAUGAGUAUCAAGUGUAUUUAACGACCGGGGACCAGUCGAAACUUCUAUCCCACGAAGCACCGUGUCAAGUGACGUCAUCACACAAUGGCUACAGCGUUUGGGUGGACAGAACAAAACGCAGACAGACAAUGGAAGGCUUCGGUGCGGCAAUGACUAACUCUGCGGCUUACAUCAUCUACAAUAGUCCUAUACGGCAUCAAAUACUAAGAGACUUGUUUGGAAAUGGAGACAGUCAACUAGGAAUAAGUUACAUUCGCCUGCCAAUGGGGUGCUCUGAUUUUAAUGCUCUUGAAGUUUACACUUUUAAUGACAUUCCAAGCGGCCAGACAGAUUUCAUUCUCGACCAUUUUAGCAUAGAUAAAGACCGUGCCUUUGUCAUACCCGUAAUCAAAGAGGCGUUGUUGGUUAACCCCAAUUUGAAGAUCAUGGCAACGCCUUGGUCAGCACCAGCUUGGAUGAAGAACAAUCGCAAUCUGAAUGGAGGAGAUUUCGUCGACAGUUGGAACUACUGGCAUUCGUAUGCGAUGUAUUUUGCCAAAUGUAUUGAGGCCUACAAAGCUGAGGGCAUCAAUAUCGAAUCAUUGACUGUUCAAAACGAACCCAUUCUGUCCAGGGACGAUUAUCCGACCAUGGUUAUGACAGUGAAUCAACAGAAGGCCUUCAUAAGAGAUCACCUGGGUCCAUUAUUCAGACAAAAAAAUAUACAGACAAAAAUCCUUGUCUUUGAUCACAACUGGUCUGAUUCUUGGUUCCCUGAGCAGGUCAUUAGUGAUGUUAAAGUAAAGCAGUAUGUAGCCGGUGUAGCUUGGCAUGGGUACUCUGGAAGACACGACACCCCCAGUUAUUUCCAUGAGAAACAUGAGGAUGUUGGUACCAGGCCUUGGUAGAUGUGAUAACUGCCGUGGUGUAAUUACUGUUCAGAACGAUAAGUAUUAGAGAAACGCCGAAUAUUAUGUCCUUGGUCACGUGACUAAAUUCGUCAAACCCGGAGCGGUCCGUCUAGAGUCUAACUACAUAGAUUACCACACCCUACGAACUGUGGCGUUCGCCAACACCGACGGCACGACAGUUAUUGUGGUUUCAAACCCAAGUGCAACUAAGCCCGCAAGCUUCUCGUUGGAUAUUGAUGGAAAACACUAUCAGUACAACAAUCUGCCACCCCAAUCUGUUGUGACUUUCGUGAAAUAAACAAACAUUGUAAUACAUUGUAUAAAAGAUGUUUUAGCAUA